UGGGCGGGCUAUGGGGGGUUAUCCCAGUUUUUCGAGGGCAAGGAGCUGAGGCUGAAGCAGGAAUACUUCGUGGUGGCGGCGACGCUCCACGACAUCAUUCGGCGCUUCAAAUCCGCCAAAUUCGGGAGCCGCGACCCCGUGAGAACUUCCUUCGAGACCUUCCCUGACAAGGUCGCGAUCCAGCUGAACGACACCCACCCGUCCCUGGCCAUCCCGGAGCUGAUGCGGAUCCUGGUGGACGAGGAGCGGCUGGGCUGGGAUGAGGCCUGGAACAUCACGGUUCGUACCUGUGCCUACACCAACCACACGGUGCUGCCCGAGGCCCUGGAGCGGUGGCCGGUCCAUCUCCUGGAGUCGCUGCUGCCGCGGCACCUGCAGCUCAUCUACGAGAUCAACCAGCGCUUCCUCGACCGUGUCUACGCCUCGUUCCCCGGGGACCACGACCGCCUGCGCCGGAUGUCGCUGGUGGAGGAAGGCGCCGUCAAACGCAUCAACAUGGCCCAUCUGUGCAUCGUGGGCUCCCACGCCGUCAACGGCGUCGCCGCCAUCCACUCCCAGAUCCUCAAGGACAGCGUGUUCCACGAUUUCUACCAGCUGGAGCCCCAGAAGUUCCAGAACAAGACCAACGGGAUCACCCCGAGGCGCUGGCUGGCGCUGUGCAACCCUGGCCUGGCCGAGGUCAUUGCACAGCGCAUCGGGGAGGAUUUCAUCUCUGACCUGGACCAGCUCCGGCGGCUCCGGGACUUCGUGGACGACGAGAGUUUCAUCCGUGACGUGGCCAAAGUCAAGCAGGAGAACAAGAUGAAGUUCGCGGCCUACCUGGAGAAGGAGUCGGGGCUGCGGGUGAACCCGGCCUCGCUCUUCGACGUCCAGGUGAAGCGGAUCCACGAGUACAAGAGGCAGCUGCUCAACUGCCUCCACAUCAUCACCCUCUACAACCGGAUCAAGAAGGACCCCGGGAAAUCCUUUGUGCCUCGAACCAUCAUGAUCGGGGGCAAGGCAGCCCCUGGGUACCACAUGGCCAAGAUGAUCAUCCGGCUGGUGACGGCGAUCGGGGACGUGGUGAACAACGACCCGGCGGUGGGAGAUCGGCUGCGGGUGCUGUUCCUGGAGAACUACCGGGUGUCCCUGGCUGAGAAGGUGAUCCCGGCGGCCGACCUGUCGGAGCAGAUCUCCACGGCGGGCACCGAGGCCUCGGGCACCGGCAACAUGAAGUUCAUGCUCAACGGGGCCCUGACCAUCGGCACCAUGGACGGGGCCAACGUGGAGAUGGCGGAGGAGGCGGGCGAGGAGAACCUCUUCAUCUUCGGCAUGAGGGUGCCCGACGUCGAGGCGCUUGACAGACAGGGGUACCGCGCCCAGGAGUUCUACGACCGCCUGCCCGAGCUCCGCCAGGCCGUGGACCAGCUCAGCUCCGGCUACUUCAGCCCCCGCCAACCCGACCUGUUCCGCGACAUCGUCAACAUGCUCAUGAAUCACGACAGGUUCAAGGUGUUCGCUGAUUACGAGGCGUAUGUGAAGUGCCAAGAGAAAGUCAGUGCCCUCUACAAGAACCAGCGGGAAUGGACCCGGAUGGCGAUCCGGAACAUCGCCGCCUCUGGGAAGUUCUCGAGCGACCGGACGAUCGCUCAGUACGCGCGGGAGAUCUGGGGCUGCGAACCCUCCCGGCAGCGCAUCCCCGCCCCCGACGAGUAGGGGAUCCCCCCGCCC